GUUAACCAAGAGAAGCCUACCCAAGCAUAUGCUCCUCGUACACGAGUUUUGACCGAGUUAGAAAGUUAGAAAGAGACACAAAGAUAAAGAAAGAUGAUUCUUUAGUUUUUUUUUUUUUCUAAUGUUCGUCUGUCGAGUAUCGACAGAUCGAGUUCAGUUGCGUUUGUUCGAUCGAAGCAAACAAGUAAAAUAAAUAGAUUGUAUUUUCGUCAAUUUGUCUUCUUUCACGGGUACUCCAAAAUUUAUGUAUAAUACGUAUAUAAUAAUAUAUGUAUAGUUGCCGAUAUAUACCUUUCUUAUAAAUACACGUAUGCAUGUAUACGUGUAUCAACAUUAUAUACCGUAUUGUAUUAUAUAAAUCCUCGAGUGUACAUGAAAAAACCAAUCGUUUCUUCUUUCGAUCUUGACUUGGUGGUUCAACGCGGGAUCAUUCUACGUCGUCGCAUCUUGUUUUUGGGUAUCUUGUUUGGAGGGUUGGUGUCUUCUCACUCGAGGUGGAAAGGCUGGAACAUGAGGAGGGGCUACGCUAAUUUACGAAAGUAAAUUCGAACGAAAUAUACCACUGACUUGACAAACAUCCUGUCCGUUGUGAAUAUAUGUUUCAGAAAGAAUACCGUUUAUAUAUAUAUGAAUUGAAAUGUAAUGAUUUUGGAGAGCCUCUUCUCUCAUCCAUCAUUCCCGCCUCACGCAGUUUAUCUCACGCCUCUUCACACAGCCACAUAUCCUUGGCAAAAUUUGAUCCUGGGCGCACUUAUCUUCGGGCUAUUGGCUGAUACAUUGUGUGUUGGGUUGGUUACGGGUUUAAUCUCACUGAUCUCUACCAAUCGCAUACAAACACAUCUCGUGGAGAAACAUCUCUUGUCCCACCUAUCUUCUUCCUUUAUCCCUCCUUAUCCUUUCCGUGCGUUUUGUCGUCAAGUGAAAUCGUUAUCUAUGGCCAUUUUUACGCUCUUCGAGUCAAAUCAUGCUUGACUCGUGGCAAAACUACUUUACAAAGAAGAUAAUAGUUCAGAAUUAAUUUUUAGAUGCAAUUUUUAAAAAUUCUCUGUCGGAGAAAAACGAACAAAACGCGUUUGCCUGUAUAAAUAUACAUUGAGUCUAUUUAAUACAAUAGACAGAGUAGCGGAAUUACUUUGCUACGUCGUCAAAAGCAUGAUCUUGACUGAAGCGAAUGACGAUAAUAACGACGAACUCUCGGCACGCGGAAGUCCACGGAAGCGUUCAUUCAUCGUACGAAGUCACAUUUCCCCCGAUACCGCCGUGUAACCGCGCGAGAUACCGAGCGGGCGAGCGAGCCAGCAAGCUGACUGUAUUUUUCAAAAUUUAAUCUCUUUACCACCUUCGCGCCCCCGCCGGCGCUGGGUACCUGUUACAGGCAUGGGCACGCUACUGUCCCUGCUGCAUUCCGACCUCAAGCGGCAACAACCGUCGACGAAGAAGGGCAGCUACCGUGCGUCCGCACCGACGAUGAUGACGCGGGCCAACAUCGCCAUGGCGAACAGACGUGCCAGCAACAGCAACGUCGCCGGCGGUGACAACAGCUACGACGAUAGCAGCGGCGGCGACAACAGCGGCGGCCGCGCCGCGUCUGCCCGCGAGGUCGUAUUCCCGGAUUCGUUCGAGGUGCUGCCGCGGCCGCACGACCUCAGCGUCGUCUUCAUGGCCGGGGUGCCGCACGAGCAGCAGAGGAAGUUCCGCUGCCGUUUCUGCGGCAAGGGCUACCGCUGGAAGAGCACGAUGCGUCGCCACGAGACGGUGGAGUGCGGCGGUAAGCCGCCGGCCUUCCAGUGCCCGGAAUGCCCGUACAAAGCGCGACAACGUGGAAAUCUGACUGUGCACUUUAAGCGGCAUCAUCAAAAGAUGGGCUACGACGAAGGCUCUUCAGCAUCUUAAUUAUCUUUACCGCGGAGAUGGAGAAACUACCUCGGCAUUGAACAAAUGCGAGGUUCAAGCUCUUCGGGGGAGCUCUUGAGAGCCCCUCGAAUUUUCGCGACUUUUUUCUUUGACCCUCUUCGAGCCGAUUCUAUGAUAAACGGCAACUCGCGAUUUAAAGAUCAUUGAACUGGAUGGGCUUGCGCGAGAUAUUCGAUUGAUGAUCCUAACUUGGACUUGAACAGCGCGAUUUGAUUCGCGAAAUUGAACUUCUAACUAUUAUUAAUUCUGUAGGUAAUUGUGUACUUAACUUAAAUACUCACUUGGGCUUCUAACGUGAUUUUAAGAGAACGACAUAACAUCUUAAUGGUACGUUUCAAAGAGAAAUAAAUCAAUCAUUCUGUGCGAUAAAAUAUGUACCGCACAUUCGGAAUAUUCGAGUUAUCUUUUAUGACUGGAAUAUACCUUCCUUAUUUUGAAUUGAAAUAGUUUGAUUAAUGAUUUUUAAAUGGUAUUUUUUUUCUUUCUUUCUAUUUUCACUCUAACAUUUGACAAAUGAACUCUUAUCCGCGUGAUAUUACUAACGUACAGAGGGUUAAAGUUAAAGAGCUGCGUAUAUAUUAAAUCCGAUCCAAUGUAAAAAUGUUCAUUUUUUUUUGUAUUUUACUGAUAACAGAACUUGAUGACAUAUAUUAUGAAAUUUUGACUCGUCUUAUAGAUCUGCUAGUGUUUAAAGCUACUACUAUAAAAUGAGAGAUUUGAGACAGACACAUAUUAAUUUUCUAAUAUUUGCGCGAAUAUUUGCGCAAAUCAUUUAACGAGCCUCGUGAAAACGUCUCCGAAAAUUUUGCAAAACUCGAACAAAUAUUUUUCAGAUAAAUAUUAAAUAGAUACUUUUUUUAAAGCAUUUUUUUUUUACCGCACCUCAAACCAUCAGAGAAGUCAGCGAUUUUUCGUUUACCUCGCUUUUACGCGGAUUCGAAAUUUACAUGGUACUUUUGACAAAUACCCGUAAUCUCAUUUUUAUUUAACGCCGCGAUUAACACGAAACGUGGCCGUCCGAUCUUGAAUUUUUUGUACGUUUUGUAACUUCCAUGUAAGAUGAGAAAUGGACAGUCGUACUCAGAAAUGCGUGGCGAGAUUACGGGCCAAAGCGUUUCAAUUUAUUUGUAAGAUAUUGGGUUACUUAAGGAACUUAGAAGAACAUUAUUGGUUUAAUUUUACUUGCUGGGGAUUGGUGAUAAAUUGUAGUUAAUAGCUCGCGUAACUCUGCUGCUUUAAUUUGUAAGCUCACGUGAUCGCAUUUUUACUGUGCACGGCGUAAAUAAUUUGUCAUCUAGAAUCUAUCGCUAUAAUAUCGCCGCAGUUGUUUUGCACAAGACUUAUAGUGCGAGGAAAUAAAUGAUAGUAUUAAUAUUCUCAUCUAAUUUAUUAAGAUUCGCGCAAGGAUAUCAUAUACUACAGUGACUCACGAAACCGAUCAAAUCAUAUUAUUACUGUUACAAAUUUCUUUUGAAAAUUCGUGAACGAAAAUGUGUAACAAGAGCAUACUCGUAGAUAUUUGUUUGUUAUAUUAUACUGAUAUUGAAAAGCCAUUUUCGUUGUUUGCUUUCUUUAAAUCAGUUAGACGUAGAUAAUUGGUGUAUAGUACAUUUGAUCAUCGUCGUGAUACACAGGAUGUCGCAUUUUAAUUGCAUAGCUCGAAUAUCUUGUAAAUGACGUAUUUUCUUAGAAAACGUUUCAAACAAAAUUUGUAUCUUAAAAAAAAAAGGUGCAUAACAUUAUAUUGUACAUUGCAUAUUUCUUUACGCAAAUCUUAAGAAGCAAGUCAGAAUAUUUUUAUUAUUAUUUUAUCGCACUGUAUGCCACCAAAGAAAUCUCACGACUAAAGCAUUCCGAGAUUUGUUUCUCAAAAAUCGCGAGUACAUUCCAACAACAGUAGCAAAUUAUAUUUCGAAAUAUA